AAAACGUAGGCAUUUAAAAAGCUGUAACAUUUCUACACCAAACAUUUUAGUUUAUAGCCCAAGGAGACACUCAACUUCUCCCUUUAAGACCAAACAUGGCCAAAUAUAAGAAGGUAAAGCCCAGGAAAAUGGACGUAGUGUUCCAUAAUGAUUGUGAACCAGAUGUGAUUGAAUUGGAUGAUUUGAUAGGCGAAGAGGAGUUUGAGGAGGAGACACCUAGGACGGAAGAGAUUCACUGGGAGAAUAUGAAACGUGAGAUAGGUGCGAUGAAUCGAUCUUUGGAUGAAAUGCAGGCUAGUCUGGAUGUUGAUCCGUACGAGAAGAUCAUGAAAAUAGAAGUGUUAAAAGAUGAGGCGGAGGCAGAUAAAGUGGGCCUGGAACCGGAGGACUCUCGCUGGAUGGUAUUGAAUGGAAGCAGAGAUCCUGUCGUUAGAGACUUGCAAUGGAAUAACCUACGCAUCCGCCGGCAAUUGGAUGCCCUAGCUCGCUGUUCGGAGUUGGGUAAUGGACGGAUUUUGGCUCUGGAUCGUUUAUUUUCACGGCAACACGUUGAUCUCGUAGCUUGUCGCCAGGUGCAUGACCAAGUCGAAUCUUUCCAUUUAACCAAACAACUGGAGGCGGGCAAAUGCCUUCAGCGAUUUCGACAUGCCCAGGAACUGUAUGCCAGUUGGCGAGAGCUCUUCCGGAUGGGUCGUGAUUUGAGGGAGGCGUACAAGAAGAUCCUGGAGCGUACUCAAUCCCGAUUGCACUAUGUGGAGUACAAGAGGCGGGCUUACAAGGAGAUUACGUCGACCAACGAGACAUGCCUUGGUGCGAUAAGAGAAUUAUUGAUGCGAGUCCGAGUAAUGGAAAUGGGCCUGGCACCAUUGGGCAUAACCAGAUCGUCGGCCAAUUCUCGUCGCCAAGGUAGCCUUAAUUCGACCAAUGGACAUAGUGACCAACGUCCGGACGAUACUUCCGGCCGACCAGUUGUUGUUAGGGCAAAUGUUUGGCAGCGUCGAUCCUUCCGCACUGUCAAAUUCUCCCGGGGUGAUCUGCUCAAUCUUCCCAUAGUUAUUCCGCCCGUAUCGAAAACUUGGUACGGCAAAAUGCAGUAUAUGCUUUAUAAUCCAAUCAAAACCUUUUAAUGCUUAAUGCUUCCUUGAUUCUAAACAAAAUCCGGAGUUAUCGGUUAUUUGGCCAGUGAAAUGAAUAUAUGUUAAUCUGUGUUAAGACUAAUACAAAAUUUAUGGAAUUCAAAUGAUUUUUAUUCCAAAAUGAAGUUUUAAAAUCAAACG